AAGCGCGGAGGUAUCUCACGUUAUUCUUGUUCCAGCGGCGUUCUCUCCAUGGCGUCGUCCAAUGCGCUGGUUCUAUCGCUCCUCCUCGCCGCCCUGGCCGCGAUCCUCCAUGCCUGCGCUGCCGCUGCUACUUCUGCCGCUGGCGCCGACUACUCCAUCCUCGAUCUUGGCUACGAUCCGCAAGAUUUAAGCUCGGAGGAGCGGCUGCAAGCGCUGUUCGAUUCGUGGAUGCUCCAGCACGGCAAAUCCUACGCCGACAACGCGCUGUCGGGAGAUUCGCAGGCCGGCGAGAAGGCGACGAGGUAUGGGAUCUUUAAGGACAAUCUUAGGUUCAUCCAUGGCGAGAAUGAGAAGAACCAGGGAUAUUUCCUGGGAUUGAACGCGUUCGCCGACCUCACCAACGAGGAGUUCCGGGCGCAGCGUCACGGCGGCCGCUUUGACAGGUCGCGCGAGAGGACCUCGCACGAGGAAUUCCGCUAUGGCAGCGUCCAGCUCAAGGAUUUGCCCGACUCUAUCGACUGGAGAGAGAAGGGGGCAGUGGUCGGGGUUAAAGAUCAAGGCUCAUGCGGGAGCUGCUGGGCCUUCUCGGCUGUGGCAGCGAUUGAGGGCGUGAACAAGCUUGCCACCGGAGAGCUCGUUUCAUUGUCGGAGCAAGAGCUGGUCGACUGUGACAAGGGAGAGGACGAGGGCUGCAAUGGCGGUCUCAUGGACUACGCGUUUGGGUUUGUCAUCAAGAACGGUGGGCUGGACACCGAGGCCGAUUAUCCUUACAAGGGCUAUGGCACCCGCUGCGACAGGAGCAAGAUGAACGCCAAAGUUGUGACGAUUGAUGGCUACGAGGAUGUCCCAGUGAACGAUGAGACAGCGCUCUUGAAAGCCGUGGCUCAUCAGCCCGUGAGCGUAGCCAUCGACGCCGGUGGCUCGAGCAUGCAGUUCUACAGAUCGGGAAUUUUCACUGGCAGGUGUGGAACCGACCUCGACCACGGUGUGACCAACGUCGGCUACGGCAAGGAAGACGGCAAGGCUUACUGGAUCAUCAAAAACUCGUGGGGCUCGAACUGGGGAGAGAAAGGCUACGUGAAAAUGGCCAGGAACACGGGACUAGCAGCUGGGCUGUGUGGAAUCAACAUGGAGGCAUCGUAUCCGACUAAAACCGGCGCAAAUCCUCCAAACCCAGGCCCGACUCCGCCAUCGCCAGCGCCGCCACCCAACGAGUGCGACGACUACUACACUUGCCCCGAGAGUAGCACUUGCUGCUGCCUGUUCAAUUAUGGCAAGUACUGCUUCGCGUGGGGAUGCUGUCCUCUCCAGUCGGCCACUUGCUGCGAGGAUCACUACCACUGCUGCCCGUCCGACUUCCCGAUCUGCAACUUACAGGCCAACACUUGCCUCAGGAGCUCCAAGGAUUUGCUUGGGACAAAGAUGCUGGAACGCACCCCGGCGCGCUACACUGGAGGAGUGGACCGCAAAUCCAUGGCUUCGGCGUGAGACGGGAGCGUCACUGCCUGGCUGUACAUAGUAAUCCAUCCUCACAGUGGACAAUUUAUUAUUCCUGUAAAUUGGUUCCUUUCCUUUGAAUCGAUCAAAAGACAAUUAGCGUUGUGGUAGCAAA